AUGGAGCCGGCCCCCUCAGCCGGCGCUGAGCUGCAGCCCCCGCUCCUCUCCAACGCCUCGGACGCCUACCCUAGCGUCCUCCCCGGCGCGGGGGCCAAUGCGUCGGGGCCGCCGGGCGCACGGAGCGCCUCGUCCCUCGCCCUGGCCAUUGCCAUCACCGCGCUCUACUCGGCCGUGUGCGCCGUGGGGCUGCUGGGCAACGUGCUUGUCAUGUUCGGCAUCGUCCGGUACACCAAGAUGAAGACGGCUACCAACAUCUACAUCUUCAACUUGGCCUUGGCUGAUGCACUGGCCACCAGCACACUGCCCUUCCAGAGUGCCAAGUACUUGAUGCAGACAUGGCCUUUUGGUGAACUGCUCUGCAAGGCUGUGCUCUCCAUAGACUACUACAAUAUGUUCACCAGCAUCUUCACACUCACCAUGAUGAGUGUCGACCGCUACAUUGCUGUCUGCCACCCUGUCAAGGCCCUGGACUUCCGCACACCCGCCAAGGCCAAGCUGAUCAACAUCUGCAUCUGGGUCCUGGCCUCAGGUGUUGGUGUACCCAUCAUGGUCAUGGCUGUGACCCGUCCCCGAGACGGGGCAGUGGUGUGCAUGCUCCAGUUCCCCAACCCCAGCUGGUACUGGGACACGGUCACCAAGAUCUGCGUGUUCCUCUUCGCUUUUGUGGUGCCCAUCCUGGUCAUCACCGUGUGCUAUGGCCUCAUGCUGCUGCGCCUGCGCAGUGUGCGCCUGCUGUCGGGCUCCAAGGAAAAGGACCGCAGCCUGCGGCGCAUCACGCGCAUGGUGCUGGUGGUGGUGGGCGCCUUCGUGGUGUGCUGGGCGCCCAUCCACAUCUUCGUCAUCGUCUGGACGCUGGUGGACAUCGACCGGCACGACCCGUUCGUGGUGGCCGCGCUGCACCUGUGCAUUGCGCUGGGCUACGCCAACAGCAGCCUCAACCCCGUGCUCUAUGCCUUCCUCGAUGAGAACUUCAAGCGCUGCUUCCGCCAGCUCUGCCGCAAGCCCUGUGGUCGCCCGGAACCCAACAGCUUCAGCCGCACCCGCGAAGCCACCGCCCGUGAGCGAGUCACUGCCUGCACCCCGUCCGAUGGGCCUGGCGGUGGCGCUGCUGCCUGACCAGGCCAGGCC